CUCACUUAAUAGACAACUGCUCUCUCUCUCUCUCUCUCUCUCUCUCUCUCUCGUCUCUCUAUCAAACCUCAUUUCUCAGAUCCGUAGGAUCUUCGUUUCCUCGGAGGCUUAAAAACCCUAAUACAAAGAAGAUACUCUCUUUUCACACACAUCUUUUACAACAAACAAAUCAUCUCCCUCUGAAGCGAUUCGUCUUCAUCAAAAGGACCUCUUUUUCAAGCUUUUCGAAUCGAGCUGGGGCUUCGGUUAAGAAACGAGUGAAGGAUUUGUGAUUUUGAUCAGUGUGUUCUUGAGACUAGUUGUUGUGGUAGUGAAAAGCUUCUUACUUUUGACAGUGUGUGAUUUUAAUCUCGAAAAUGGAAACGCUUAUUGUAGCAGUGGAACAUAGGGAUCAGUAUUACGGGAAGAGAACUCUUGUUCAUCAUCAUGAUCGUUUUAGAUCAGCUCCUUCCAAAACUUUCAGGCAAAUCAAUUGCAGAACUUUUCAUUCUGGUGUUGGUUUGCUUCCAAGGCCAAAGAGAACUUCGUCUUCUUCUACACCUUUAGCUAAAGGAGCUGCUGCUAUUCCUCAAGCUCAGUCUCCUCGUUCUCCUAAGUCUGUUUUGCCGGUUUUUAAUCAUCCUUCGGUUGACAGCGGUAGAAGAACUAGUCCCAUUCCAAUUGCUAACAACAGAGGUUCUCAGAUCCGUAGUAGGUGUGCUAGUGAAUUUGUUGACGAAAGGAGAAGCCUUUCUUACUCUGAGCUUUGGGCUGGACCUACUUACUCCAACUCGCCCCCGCCUGCUUCUGUGCCUAUUCCUAAGUUUUCUCUCCAACAAAAGAGGACGGUAUCUUUGACCUUUCCUGCUCCUGACUCUGCUGUUGAUAUCCGUGAAGUUGCUAAGUCUGCGCCGGUUUCUCCAACUUCAUCUGGUGACAAUCCUUUUCGUAGUACUGUCUCUGCCACUAUGACUCUGCGUCGCAUGCUCAAUCUUGAGCUUGAUGCUGCUGAUGAAUGAAAGAUCAGGAGCCUUUUAUAGGGGAACGGGGUUAGUUUUAGUUUUAUGCACAUAGAAAAUAAGGUGUUAGUCACCAAGUUGGUUUGAGUUUGUUUCUUAGUUUUUCAAUAGCAAUGGUAAAGGAACACGUAAGCAGUCUUGACUCAGAGUUGGUCAGCAGUUACUACUGGAUCUCCUAUGCAGAUGGGGUGUUAUUAAUGGUGGAAUAGCUGGUUAUAGUGGGUAGAAAACAUUCAGGAAGCAGAUUGAUAUCACGUAAAAGAGAAGACUUGAUUCUUGGUGUAGCAUAUAGGAUGGCCAAAAAUUUACCAGUCUCUUAACAUAUAUACUAGGUGAAUGCUAAGUUCUAUGUGGUGAUGCUUGAACAUUAGUGUUUCCUCUUUGCCCUUUGUAUAGUUUCUUCUUAGAGUCGUCUUUUUUUCCCUUUGGCUUCUUUUCUUAAGUGGGUUAGAUAGCAUCUAGCUAGCCUGUAUAUGCAGUAGAACCUUUGAUCAUACUGGGUUUCUGUUUCAUUCUUCCAAGUUUCGUCUUUUCGGGUUCUUAGUUUGUGACCUUUGUCCUGUAUCGCCCUCUCUGUCCAUAUCUUUUUCUUUUUAGCCCUCUUUUUAAGUCUACUUCUCUUCCUUCUAAAUUCACUUCGCUCCAGCCUUACAAGAUGUAAAUCUAACUACUCUCCUGCCAAGUGUUCUUCCUCUUCGCCUCAUUUCCUGUUUUUUUGAAAAGGAAAAAGGGAAGAGCAAGUUUUACUGACCCUCUUAGACUAUCUCUGCUGGUAAAAAUUCAUCCAGAUUCAAGCCAUUGUAGCCUCACCUUUAAUCCACCACUUCUUGUGAAGAAAAGACAUUCCUUAGGUUCUUACCUAGAACACCUUUGUCUCGUUGAAGUUUCGUGAUCCUGCCUAAUCUGCUCACCAGGGACCUGGAGAAGCUGCUGCUCUGCUUCUUGGUUGCUUUGCCUCUCUACUAUCUUUUGGGUUGUUUUGUUAGAUAAGGAGACAAGUAUAGUCUCUGUGUUUGGAACUGUUGUGUGAAGGUUUCCACAAACGUAUGUUUCUUCUUAUCUUUUGUAGUUUGUGACAAGUGUUGUAGAGACGUCUUGCUAUCUUGUUUUGGAGUUUUAAUGUUGAAGGAUAUGUAUCCCCCUGGUUCCCUUACUAUAUCUAUGCCUCUCUAUGGUUUCUUU